GCGGGUCUUAUCGGGAUACGGGUAACAGCGACAAAUGCGUUUCAUAAGAUGUCACGGUAGAUAGCAUCCUCGAUGUAAAACCAGACAUCAAGGUCCUAGCUUAUCUUCUUGUGUGCCCUUUAUCACAAAGACAAUGGAUCAAUGGAUGUCCAGUGAAUGAAUGGACAUCCACGACAAACCUGGGAUGCCUCUGUGUGUCAAUUUAAUCAGGAUCCUCUGAACUCCUGCAUUGUGCUGAUGUAGGUUUUAUACUGGUCUAAUUCACUAUGAAAUUGCGAGCAAAGCUCUGAAAAUCCAGCAAUGUUGGCCCGGAAAGGCCUGGUGCCUGAAGGAUUUCUUUUGACACGCCUGGCUGAAGAUGCCACCCAACCUAACCGUUUCCGUACCAAAUCACAGCGUGCUCGCUUUAUCACCAAGAGCGGAUCAUGCAACGUUGCUCACAAGAACAUACGGGAACAGGGUCGGUUUCUUCAGGAUGUUUUCACCACCAUGGUGGACCUUAAGUGGCAGCACUCACUCCUUAUCUUUACCUCAGCAUUCCUCUGCUCUUGGAUGCUCUUUGCUAUGAUGUGGUGGCUCCUGGCCUUCGCUCAUGGUGAUCUGGAACCUCGAGAUCCCAGUGAGCCUGGGCCUGUUCCCUGUGUCACAGCCAUCCACUCCUUCACAUCAGCAUUCCUCUUCUCCAUCGAGGUGCAGGUAACCAUUGGUUUUGGUGGGAGGAUGGUCACAGAAGAGUGUCCACUGGCCAUUGUAGUUCUGAUCAUCCAGAACAUUUUGGGCCUUAUCAUCAACGCUGUCAUGCUGGGUUGUGUGUUCAUGAAAACAGCUCAGGCCAAUCGUCGAGCAGAGACACUCAUCUUCUCCCGUAAUGCUGUCAUCGCACCGCGCAAUGGCAAACCCACAUUCAUGUUUCGUGUUGGAGACCUGAGGAAGAGUAUGAUUAUAUCAGCUACCAUUCAGAUGCAGGUCAUUCGCAGAACGGUGACAGCAGAAGGGGAGGUGAUUCCAGUCUGCCAACUUGACAUUCAAGUGGAAAACCCACUCAGGAGCAACGGCAUCUUCCUUGUCUCCCCACUCAUCAUCAGUCACACUAUCGAUAGAGGAAGCCCCCUGUAUGAACUUUCAGCCCAGUCGCUGGCCACUGAGGAUCUGGAGAUCAUAGUUAUACUGGAAGGCGUUGUGGAGACCACUGGCAUCACCAUGCAGGCACGAACGUCCUACACACCGGACGAGAUUCUUUGGGGGCGCCGCUUCGUCUCCAUUAUGACCGAAGAGGAUGGCCGCUACUCUGUGGACUAUUCUAAAUUCGGUAACACGGUGCCUGUGAGGAUGCCUGCCCUCAGUGCUAAGGAGCUGGACCAGACGAGAGGGGUACAAGACAAUGGCCCUCACGAGGGUAAGCCUCAGGGCUGGGGACUGGUGCGGGCAGGACGCGGUGGUUACAGGAGAAGUGCAGGCCGUGCCUGCGAGGAUAACCCUUCCCGGCCGUGGUACGCUCCAGCAGAGAAAGACGAGCAGGAGAGAAGUAAAGAGAAGAACGGACAAAAGAAGACUGUGAAAUUAGAGGAAAUAGGAAGAGAGAUGGAGGAGGAGAACAUGGAGGAUAUGAGUGACUAAAUAUAUAAUAUGCUGUGUAUAUAUAGGGAAUAGAUGUGCAGAUUGUAUAGUGUAGCUACUUUGUCAGAAAGCUUUUAAUAAUCACUUUUUCAUUGAUUUGGGAAGAAUGGACAGCAAGGUAGGUGCUUUUUUAAUGUAUUGUAAUUCUCCUUUUCUCUUUACACUACUGGAUAUUUGUAUUUUAUACAAGCAGAUGUAGUUGGUGUUUAAUUCCACCCUAUUUCAUUUUUAAGCUCCUCUGUCUUUGUGUUGUGGUUGUGUAGUUGUAGUUGCCAUCAGUGUUUCUUUGCUCCAAUUUUAUGAAUCAAUAUUCUUAUAGCUGUUUUAUUGUUAUGUUGUGUGUUAUUGUUGUGAAUGUGUGCAGUUACCUAACCCAGUCCCUCACAUUCAAGAUUGUGAACACUUGGUUUUCUAUUACUACUGAUUACUGUUUGGAUAUCUUUCCAUUCGCUAUCAUUUUAUUUGUAUUAAUUUAUUUAAGUAUUUAUAAUUCAAAUAAAAGUUUAUUUUAUGUUA